UUUGGAGUGACGUGGUGCCGUACGAUGGGACUGAUGUGUACAUACUUUAUCCUGGUGGACAGCACACGCAGACACUUCCCCGAUGUCUUUAAGAGACCGCUGCUAGGGCCUUUCCUCACGUCAGGAGUCGCAGCAACGUUGGCUUGGUGGAUUGUGUGGCCGCUAGAAAACAUGAAGUCUCAAGUGCAGGGCAACUAUGGCAAGGAAAUGUCCACGUGGCAGAGGAUAAAGUUUAACAUGAAGGAGCGCGGUGGAUUCUGGGGUCUGUACCGAGGUCUGGGCCCUGGGACUGCCCGCAGUUUCCUCGCUAACGGUACCAGUAUGAUUGUCAUGGUGAACGCACAGAAGAAAGUGUCAGAGUGGGGGCUGAGGGGCUGAUUUUAUAUAAGCAUUAUCAGUCUAAAGGAUUUCAAGUGAUUGAUUGUUCUUAUAUGUUGGUGGAGGUUAGACAUCCAGGUAAUGAGAUACACAAGGAAAUUGUUACUCAAACAACUGGGUAGAUUGAAAACCUAUCCAGUUGCUCGAGUU